CAGUGGGCCACAGUUCAUCCGAGAAAUGACGUGCCUCAAGGGGAGCGCAUGACGUUUUGGAAAUUAAAUAUGUAACACAGGACUUAGCGGAACAAAUAUAGCCUGCCGAAAACGAAACUUAAUUGUCUUCUUUCCUUUAAAGCUGUUCAGGUGACUAUCUUUCAAACUGGGAGCGACUUGAUAAACGCUUACGGAAAACUUGCAAACUUCACCCGCGGACAAUUCCGUGCCCUGUUUCAGACAAGAUCAACACUUGUCCAGACAAGAUCAACACUUCUUGAACCCCUCUCCUAGUGAGAUAAACAGACCUAGUGAUGUCCCAACCUGACAGGAAUAUCUAUUCUCCAUUGGAGGGGGGCGUCCAGCCCCCAAAUGUAGUCUUUGGGCAGCCAAGCCCCCCAGGAUAUGAGAUGACCUUACCCAACACACAGGGGAUGCCUAACUCAUUUGGGGGGCCAGGGCCUGCUCCAGGGGGGAUGCCCUUCCCCUCGCCUGGGGCAUUUGGUCAGCCCAUGUACUUCCAGGGUCAGGGGAACCCAGGAUAUGGCACAGCACCUUACGCUCCCAUGCCUGGGGCCUACGGUCAGGGCUUUGACAACCCAAAUCAUGACCCAAACACUGAUUACAACAGCGAUGAUCAACCCCUUGCCUAUUGUGACAACAGUGCCUUCUCUCUUGGCUCUGGGCUGGACGACAAGACCAUACGGCGAGCCUUUAUCCGGAAAGUCUUCAUGGUGUUGACCGUCCAGCUGAUGGUAACAUUCUCCUUUGUGGCUCUCUUCACCUUUGUGGAGGGAAUCAAAGUGUUCGUCAGGGCCAACCCAUGGACGUACUGGGUGUCCUAUGGCAUCUUCUUCGUCUCUCUCAUCACCAUCAGCUGCUGCGGAGAGUUUCGCCGCAAACAUCCAUGGAACCUGAUUGCACUAUCCAUCCUGACCCUGGCUAUGUCCUACAUGGUGGGGAUGAUAGCUAGUUUCUACGACACUGACUCAGUCAUCAUGGCCGUGGGCAUCACUGCUGUUGUCUGCUUCACCGUGGUCAUCUUCUCUCUCCAGACCAAGUAUGACUUCACUUCCUGUCACGGUGUGCUGUUGGUCUGUCUGAUUGUCCUGGUUCUCUUCGGCUUCCUCUGCAUCUUCAUCCGCAACAAGAUCCUGGAACUGGUCUACGCCUCGUUGGGCGCUCUACUCUUCACAUGCUUCUUGGCUGUGGACACUCAGCUGCUGCUAGGCAACAAGGAGAAGGCCCUGAGUCCAGAGGACUAUGUUUUUGCUGCUCUCACCCUGUACACUGACAUCAUCAACAUCUUCCUCUACAUCCUGUCUAUCGUUGGAAGAUCACGGAACUGAGCGCUUCCUCUAAAGGAACCAUUGAAGGAUGAAGGAGUCUUUUACGGGAGUUACUUAAAUGUUCCCAUAUCUAGGACAACACCUGCUACACAUUGUUUUAUGCGCCAAUGUCUAAUUUGAACUCUGCUGUCGCCUGUCGUUCUAAAUGUGGUUCCCUGUGCGCUUUAGAGCAGUGGUUCCCAAACUGACUGAGAUUGGGAAACCCUGAUUUAGCAGAUGCGACCUAUUUUGCUAUUGUGU